AUGGCUGCAGAUGGGGACUUUUAUCAGUGGAUCAUUGAAGGCCAACCUGGAGAAGUACUUAAAAUUGAGUUUGAUGCACUGAAAAUUGAAGACCACGUAGAAAAUGUCAGGGUGUACUCGGGAGGACCUUCUAUUGUGACCAGUGACUUGAUCCAAGACAUCAGGACAGGCUCAUCCCAGAAGAUCUCACUGUUGAGCAAAAACCACUUUGUGACUGUCACAUUGCAGUCAUACAGAAAAAAUAGUCAUCCGAUUGUUAAAUUUAACUGGAAACCAGACACUGAAGCAUCUUGGCAGCAAGUCAACAUUGUGAAUGUAACAAGUAGUUACAGUGUCAUCUCCUCUCCAUAUUACAAUUCCGCAUUGGUUUCUUCAAGCUUCAAAAGAGAAUGGCUGUUGACAGUGCCCGAAGGAGAACUAAUCACGCUGGAGAUACUUGAUAACACCCUGGAGUUGAAUGGCAGUUCAGACUUUUACAUUGUGACCAAUGUGGGAUUUGUUCUCAAGGAACUGAAUUCACAUAAAGCUAUUUACAUCUCCAGCAAAAAUAGCAUGUCUGUGAUUGUCAAAGCAAGGUCCUUUAAGAAAAAUUUCCAAUUCAAUGCCAGAGUCAGGAAAGGUUGUGACCUUAUCACAAAAUUGUCUCUGGCAACAUUUGCAGUGAAGAAUAUGCCAGCAAACUCCUCAUGUUCUUGGAGAGUGCAAAAUGAAGUGGGCACAAAUUUCAGUUUACAAAUAAUUGAAAUAGCCGAUGCAGAUUCUAAUGAUGCUCUUCAGAUUUACAGCACUACUGUUUAUUAUUUGCAGAGUUACAGAGCUUUUGUAUAUCCUUUACAUAUUUACAGUGCUUUUGUUUAUUCUUUACAGAUUUACAGUGACUGUCCAGAUUUACGAGGUGGUACAAUUGUAAUUCACAAUAAAACAAAAACAGCCGGAGGAGGUUAUACAGCCCAGCUUACCUGUCCCACAGGAUUCAGAUUCAAGCAAGAGGAAUACAGCAAAAUUACAACAUUGUUUGCUGUUUGUAAUGAAGGUGGCAAAUGGAACUGGAGCUCAUCAAGUUAUACUCGGACUCCAGAAUGUCAGA